GAGCCGGGCUCUCCCAGAAGCGGGCGGGAGACAGGGCCCCUCCCCUCCCAGCCCCAUUUGCUCUCCCCCCACCCCCUCGCCCCCGCGCGCCCUCGCGUCCUCCGGCGCCGCGGCCAAUCCGAGCCCGGCUCCCGCCUCCUACAGCAGGGCGGUCAGGUGGCAGCAAGGCGGCUGCGCGCAGAAUCCGAGCUUUGUGCCCCGCGGCAGCCACUGAAGGAAGGGACCAAGAUGAAUGCAGAGCCUGAGAGAAAGUUUGGAGUGGUGGUGGUUGGCGUUGGCAGAGCUGGCUCAGUGCGGAUCAGGGACUUGCGGAAUCCACAUGCUUCCUCGGCGUUCCUGAACCUGAUUGGCUUCGUGUCCAGACGAGAGCUCGGGAACAUUGAUGAAGUCCAGCAGAUUUCUUUGGAAAAUGCUCUUUCCAGCCCAGAGGUAGAGGUUGCUUAUAUCUGCAGUGAGAGCUCCAGCCAUGAGGACUAUAUCAGGCAGUUCCUUAAUGCUGGUAAGCAUGUCCUUGUGGAAUAUCCAAUGACACUGUCUUGGGAAGCAGCUCAGGACCUGUGGAAGCUGGCUGAGCAGAAAGGAAAGGUCUUGCAUGAGGAGCAUGUUGAACUCUUGAUGGAGGAGUUUGCAUUCCUGAAAAAAGAAGUGGUGGGAAAAGACCUGCUAAAAGGGUCUCUCCUCUUUACAGCUGGCCCAUUGGAAGAAGAGCGGUUUGGCUUCCCUGCGUUCAGUGGCAUUUCUCGCCUGACCUGGCUGGUCUCCCUCUUUGGGGAACUUUCUCUUAUAUCCGCCACUUUGGAAGAGCGAAAGGAAGAUCAACAUAUGAAAAUGACUGUGUGCUUAGAGACAGAGAACAAACGUCCGCUCACAUGGAUUGAAGAGAAAGGACCUGGUCUAAAACGAAACAGACAUUUAAGCUUCCAUUUUAAAUCUGGGUCCCUGGAGAAUAUGCCAAAUGUAGGAGUCAAUAAGAAUAUUUUCCUGAAAGAUCAAAACAUAUUUGUCCAGAAACUCUUGGGCCAGUUCUCUGAAAAGGAACUGGCUGCUGAAAAGAAACGCAUCCUGCACUGCCUGUGGCUUGCAGAAGAAAUCCAGAAAUACUGCUACUCAAAGAAGUAAGAGAAAGAAACAUGCGGCACAUCUAAGAUGGGACCAUAGUUUGCUUUUUAUGAAGAGUUGACCUCUAUCUCUAUUCUUACAAUUAAACAUAUCUUGGGCAAACAGGAUUUGCUUACUGUCCCGAGCUGUGUUGGGAGUGAUAUUUGGGAGUUGGGACACAUGUAAUAGGGAUGAGAGAACUAACCUUGGUAGAGCUGAGCCAAGUGCUUCGUAUGCCUGAUUUAAUUUACUCUUCCCAACAGCCCUAUCAGAUGGGUAUUACCAGGUUUGUUUUCAUUAGUGUAUUGGAAAAUUUUAUUUGAAGUCACCCAGAUAGUAAAUACGAGAACCAGCCUUUAAAUCUUUCUCAUGCACUGAACCACUGCAAAAUAGCCUCUUCCCUGCUUUAAGGAGUUAUGUUUCACCCAACAAACUGUCACUGGGCGAGUAUGCUAGGUGCUAAGGAUUCUAAAAAUGAAUAAGACGUAGCCGCUUUCCUCGCUAACCUUGUCGAAAGCAAACCAGUCAUACAAACUGGUCACUGUAAUGUAAUAGGUCCAGUAAAAGAGAUAUGCCCCUGGUCAUCUGGAGGAAGGUUUGGGGAAAACCUACAAACCAAAUCUUCAUAACUAGGUUAGUUGUGUACAGGUGAGAGGAGGGCUUUUCUUGGCAGAGUGCUGACAUGACCAAAGAGAAGGAAGUGAGAAACAAGCUGGUGAGUACCCUGGGAACAGUGUUGCUAGAGCAUUGUGUCUGGAGGAGGGAGUCCCAGAGAUUAAAUCUGUGGGGUCCCUAUAAGCCAGAUCAAGGAGCUAGGGUCUUAUUUCUUAGGCACUGAAGGCUCUUAUUUAACAGGGGAGUGGCAUGGUCAGUUUUCUAGUUUAGAAAUGAAAACUUCCAGGAGGAAAUGAGACUUGAGACCAAGGAGGAGGCAUCCCGUUAAGAGCCAACAAAUGUGUUCAUACUUGCAGCCCUUGGCUUAUCUAGACUCACUGCUUCUGUUGAGACACAGCUGACUUGAGGCAGAGCUGAUUCCCAGGAAUCUUCCCUUUCAUUUCAUUGGUUGUCCUGUUGCAUUUUCUUUGAAGCUUGUGUUAGAUUUCUUGCCUUUGUGAAUGUCUCCCUCUUGCUUUUUGCCUACUACCUUCCCAUUGUGAGGUUUAGGAGCUGGGAAGUCAUUGGUGUCAGCACUCUAUUUUCUACCUCGAUUUCCAUGAUUCUGUCACCAUAUACCUCAAGGUAGAAACCAAAACUCCUUAAGGUUGUUCCUUUAUUUGCCAUGUAAAACAGUUUAAUAAAUAUUGGUCAGUUA